AACCGAUACGUUCUAAUAAGUUUGAUCUAGCCAGCUUAGUUAAUUUAUCGCCACCGCCGCGACUCGCGCGUAAUUCCUCCCGCGAAAAACACCCAAAAGAUUACGCUAUUUUGUUUACGCCUAAUUUAAACAUCGGAUAAAUCUGACAAACGAGCUGUUCAAAUACCACAAGUGUUUUUCGAUAUUUUCCCCGAAUGGACCAGGCGUCGCCGCCCGAUAAAUAAAGAUUAAACCGCAUUCGUCGAUAAGAAAAUCCCAAUUAUCGGACGUGCAAGUGAAAAUUUAGCCCCGACAUGGCGAAAAUCGCACCAGCUCCAAAAUAGAAGCCAUGUGUGCAAUUUGUCUUCGCUUUUCGAUACGUUAACCGCAUUCCUAACAAAUUUGAAGUUUGAAAAUUUUAUUUUUAACGUAGAUCGAUUCAUGGGUGGCUUUACACAAGGUCAAGAGGAUUCUUUUGUGUACCCAGACAAACGGGCUGAUAGGUGCUAGAUUCAUGGAUUGGCUCAAAGUGGUGUUUGUUAUGGUUGCAGUCGGUGGGUUGGAUACCAUCCAAAGCGAGAAUAACACGACGAACGAUCACGUCAGAACAACAGCUUUAUGUAAAGCCGCCAGUGGAUGCCGAAACGAUAGCGCUCUAAUCCUCGAUCUCACCGCCCUCGAACCAAUAUCAACAAUACAAUCCAAAGCACAAACUGAUUCCUGUUAUCAAUUCACCAAAGCUCACGAUUCAUUCAUCGUACGUGUUAAUGAAAGCCUCUCCAGCGAUUGCGAGUACGAUUUACUAUCGGAAUCGAGUACACCCUUGUACUACAUCAACGGUACUACGUUAUCACAAAUCCGAACCCAGUGUCCCGAAGAACAACCAGUUUGUGUGGAGGAAACCCCACAGGACGACGAGUGUCCUGAAAAUUUCCUAGUAGAGUCGGUUUUCAAUUAUAAGUACGACUUUAUCAAUCUGCAGUUGUCGUGGGAUAAAACCGCUAGAGAUGAGAGAGUUACCAUACGAAUCCACCAGAAGGUGGGUCCUGAUUCUAAGAAGGACUGCUACGAGGAAGCUUUGAUUGUGAAUCAUUCGCUGCAGGACAACCGUAUCUUGAAACCUAAUAGUAACACAGAACGGGAGGUCAACCCAGGUUGCGCUUAUGAUAUCCACAUGAACUCAGAACAUUCCGAAGAAGAGAGAUUUAGUUGUAAUUAUAAUUAUACGGUACCUGAAUGCGUAGGCAAUAAGUGCGACUGUGAUAAAUUCGGGUUUAAGCCGGAGAUUUUUGACGUUGAAGAGGUUGUUGAUGGGUUUUUGGUAACGUGGGGUGGGAAUCAAAGUACCACUAACGGUAGCCCGUAUUUUUACAAAGCGGUCAAUUACAGAUACGUGAUUUCUAAUAAGUCGGAUGAGGAGCUAGUGAAGUGGACGAAGAAUCAUCUGAAGAACCACACCUCUGAAAUCAAGAUGGACGUGCUUGAAGGAGUCCGGUAUGAGUUGAUUGGUACUUUCAAGAACAAUUUUUCUUGUUUGGUGGAAGCUAGAUACGGUUUUGAAGGUGAGAGUUUCGUUUGGUUAGUGUAUAUCACGGUUGGAAAAAUAUUUUGGGACACCUUACACCUAAGUCAAAAAAUUAACAAUUGUCUUUCAGUACCCAAAAGCAGGAGUUACACGGUUUAUAUCGUCUGUGUUGUUGUUGGUAUCGCGGUGGUGAUUUUGUCUGCCUUACAGUAUAGAAGCUUCUCAAAAUAUAAAAGUAAGUUCCUAAAUUUCGUGUCACCGGGAAGGAGAAGAAGGAACCAACACCUACAAGAAUUAGUCACCAUACAAAAUCGGCAGAUCCUCAUGGACACUAACAUCCACUACACUCCGGUUGAGUUCUUGGAGGGGGUUUUCGACGAAUACGAAUUUCCAAGAAACAAGAUCAUUAUCAAAGAGGUCAUCGGAAGUGGUGCUUUCGGGCAAGUUUACUCCGCCAAAGCCAUCGGGAUUGGGGGCGUGGAAGGUCAUAGAAUCGUGGCUGUCAAAACUUUGGGCGAAGGAGAAAACAUAACGAAGGAGGCAGCCACUGAUUUUAUAGCAGAAAUCGAGAUUUUUAAGAAAAUUGGUCACCACCCGAACAUCGUGGCUUUCCUGGGUUGUUGUACCGCCGACCCCCCAUACAUGAUGAUCAUGGAAUUCGUGCCUUGCGGCGACUUGAAAAACUAUUUAGUAGAUUUACGAACCCAAUGGUCUAAAAAAAGGAACAUCGCAACCAAGACACAAUUUUUCUUCCCUGAUAGCAGCGAUGGUGCGUACAUCGAGCCACCCACACCCACCACGCCGCUUUCUGUCACCUCCAGCCGACUACCAUCAACCUCUGAAACCGUGAGUACCACUCUGGAGGACUUACUCACCCCCUCCCCGGGUCCUUACACCCUCGACAAAGCCCUCGACCACACCGAGCUCCAGAACUUCGCCUUCCAAAUCGCCCGAGGCAUGUCCCACUUGGAGAAAAUCGGCGUGACCCAUCGCGACCUCGCGGCUCGGAAUAUCCUGGUCAACGAGUACAAAACCUUGAAGAUAUCCGACUUCGGGUUGUCGCGUAGCGGCACGUACGUGAACCACCGGACUAAAAAGCUUCCGUUGCGCUGGAUGGCCAUCGAGGCCAUAGUGGAGCAGAAGUAUGACAGUAAGACUGACGUGUGGUCGUUCGGGGUGGUGUUGUGGGAGAUCGGGACUUUGGGGGCUUUUCCGUAUGAGAGUGUUCCGGAUUCGUUUAUUCAGCAGUUUCUUCAGUUGGGGCGCAGGUUGGAGAGGCCCGAGAUCUGUACGGACGAGUUGUAUGCGCUGAUGAGGCUGUGUUGGGCGACGGAUCCUGGGCACAGGCCUACGUUUCAGGAGUUGGUUGAGGCGCUGGAUGUGAAGAAGAGGAAGAUUUAUGUGAAUUUUGAUCAGUUGAAUCCGACGUACGUUUUUCCGCCGAGUGAUAUUGAGAGGUUCGCUGAGACGCCGGUACAAAUUGUAGAUAUUAGUUUGGAGGACGGGUGAAAGAGUUGUUGAAUAAAUGUGUAUUUUUUGAGGAGGGAUUUUUGUGUGGUUUUACCCAAAAUGAACCAAACUGGGACAGUUAAAUAUAUAAUAUUAAAAAUA